AUGAUCAUGGUCGGCCUCAAAUAUCUUCUCCUAACGGCUGCUGCCUGCAGACACAUUGCGGCUCAGCAAUUCGAGGAUACGCUCCUGGACAUCAGCUAUCCCGGUAUUAGUGACAAAUGCGUGAGCGCGUUGAACACUACCGUUGCCAAGUGUCCGGGAUUUCUGAUCACCGCGUCUCUCGACAAUGGCCGAUUGCAGCCUGAAGAACUUUCUGACCUUUGCACGACUGCUUGUCGCUCUGGUCUCAACAAUGUUCGCCAGACCAUUGCCACAGCAUGCAAUUCGGCGAAGGAUGUCAUGGAGUUCAGGGGUAUGGUGUGGCCGGCAACCGUGUUGAUUGAUCGGUUCAUUUACAAGUAUAAUGUCUCCUGCAGGACGGACUCCUCCACGGGCAAGUUCUGUCAUGAAAUCUUUCUCUCUUGGCUACCCUCCGGCAACGCUUCUACGUCGAGCCAGAACUGCUCCGAUUGCAUGUUGGGCGUUUCUCAAAGUCAACUAAACUCCCCCUUUGGAUACCAAGCCGACUUCGCGGCCAGCUUCCGCAACUUGACGAAGAGCUGCAGCGCAACCCGGUACACUUUUACGACACCUACACCUUACGCUAUAAGCACCAUCGCGCCACCUCCGACACCGGAACGUCCGACAUGCGGUAGUCCAUACGUCGUCAAGUCCAACGACACAUGCGACUCAAUCGCGGUAGCUAACGGUGUAGCCACGUGGUCCGUCCUACGAGCAGGUGGUCUCGACUGGCGGUGCAAGAACUUGGCCGCCGGCGAUCUGCUAUGUCUCCCUAAGCCUUGCAAUCUCUACCGUGUACAGUAUGACGACACCUGCGAAGCCAUUGUCUCAAAGCGGUCUGGCUUGAACAUGGCCAGCUUCAUGUCCUGGAACCCGGUGAUCAACUCCUUAUGCACCAAUAUGGAUGAGCUCGUCGGGCACAUGCUCUGCGUGACUGCCCCUGGAGGGGUACCCGGCGACGAAAACAUGACCGUGCCGCCGCCAACACCAACAGCAGAUCCUGGGACUGCCGUGCCCAAGCCGACUAAUGGAAAAGAUGAGACGAAAGGGCCCUGUGCAAAGUGGUACACCAUCCAGGACGGCGACAAGUGCGAGAGCGUGUCGGUGAGGGAUGGCAUCGCGCUGCGGGAUUUCUAUUUCCUGAACCCGUCUCUCGACAGUCAGUGUACGAACCUGUUGUUGGGUAUAGCUUAUUGCGUACAGGCUGUGGGCAACAUUGCGACAUAUCCAGGAUACCCGUACUCUUCAACCCAGUCGCAAUACACGCUUGCCUCUCCGACAUACUCUACUACGACCAGGACCACUGUUCCAAGUCAAGCACCGAGCUCGACGACUCGGCCAGUGUUACCACUGGCUUCCGGAUCGUUGAGUGGUUGCGAACGAAACGUGGAGCAUAUCCCGGUUCCCAAGCGGGCCGACCAGGAAGUGCAGCCGGAUGAGCCAGUGCUUACCGAAGAUGUCAACAGUUGCAUAUAUGUGUCCAGCUUGUAUGAUGUCUCAAUAGACGACUUCCUUCAGUGGAACCCGAGUCUUAAGGCCAUCAAGCCCUGCCAGUUGCAAGUCGGCUUCAGAUAUUGCGCAGUCAAGGUUGCGCCAUCAGACACACCUCCGGGAGACGACACUGACGGUCAGUCUACAGCAUGGACUUGUUUCGACAUUGCUGAAGAUGAGAGGAUCACCCUCCAACAGCUGAAGGCGUGGAACCCCUGGGCGGGCGAUGACUGCGACAAGGGGCUCUACACUAACCUCACGGGCAACAAGACUCGCGCAAUUUGUUACAACAUUCUCUUCGUCACGGUCGUCGACGACUUCCACGCUGAGACCGAUGUCGACAACAUCUACUCGGACUUCGCAAUCAUCUUCUUCCGCUCCUAUACAGACUGGAAUCUCGAAAAGCUGCAACAAUACCACAUCACUCUCGACCAGUUUUAUGCUUGGAACCCUGCUGUCGGUACCAACUGUGAGAAUCUGUGGAAGGGGUAUGCAUACUGCGUUGGGGUUAAUUCGUCAUAG